GUAGGCACGGUUAGUUUUCUCCUCGACGUCCCCAAUCCCAAGAGCCUCGUCUCUGACCCUUGCGUAAAUGCAUCCUCACGACAAACUACGCCGCUCCUCCGGCCUACCAUAAUCUCAAAGCUAGCAGGUCCAAACCUCGCUUCUAAUGUUUGAGAUCGACGACUUCUUACCAGCUUGACCGAAAGGAGAAAAAACAUGGCCAGCACAGAAAUAUUCGGCCUCGGCACACCUGAGGCAGUUUUUCAGGCGGCCCUCGAAACCUUCAAAUCUGGUCUCACGGCUGCCCAGCUCGAAUCCUUUCCCAAACAGAGCCUCAACAAUGUCAAGCUCAAGAUUCGUGCCAUCCAGCAGCGCCAAGAACGCCUGAAAACUCUCAUGAAUUUCUCGAGGAUCCAAUUUUACCUCGACAGGUUUGCCGAGUUUGACGCUGUCUGCCAACGAGCAAAUAUCGCCGGCCAGGGAACGGCCGAGCUUUCUGCCUUUAUAUGGGGCCCAUCGUUGUUUAUCCUCGAGAUAUCUGAAGAAGACGCUAAUGUCUUGGACUCGGUCUUGGAUACCUAUCAAAAGUUUGGCAAGCGGAUCCCUGAUCCUCGUGCUUAUGACAAUCUCGUCCAGCAACGACCAGAGAUGAUGAAAUGCAUCGCGUUCAUGUAUGAGGAUCUGCUGCGCUUCUACGCCAGCGUGCUCAAACUGCUAAGCGGUAGAAUCUGGAAGAAGACCUUUGGGGCCAACUGGCAGGAUUUCUUGGAUUCAUUCAGCCACAUACUCGAGAGUUUCGACAACCAUGGCAAGCUCUUGGAGCAGUUGCUGGCAGCACGAGAAAGGCACGCAGUAGAUGAUGCGAGGCAGCGCCUGAACGAUCACAUCAUCCGAAGUGCAGGCGACGGCCUAGUUAUGAGAGACUAUGCGAACAAUUAUGAAGCCGACCGCAUGGUGCUCUUGAGAGGCGCAGAGUCCGUUCGAGCCAUGGAUAGUCGCUUAAACGACCACAUCAUCAGGUCUGGGGACGAUGGCCUGGUUAUGAGAAGCCAUGCAAAUGACUACGACGCAGACCGGGCGGCGCUCUUGAGAGGCGCAGGGGCUGCGCAAGCAGUAGAGGGUCGCCUAAACGAUCACAUCAUCCGGCAUGCAGACGACAGUCUUAUAAUGAGAGAUCUUGCCAGUGAAUAUGAUAGAGACCGCACAGUGCUUUUGCAGGGAGCAGAGAGCUCGGAAGCUGCUGACCGUCGACUGAACGGCCACGUCACCCGGUCCAACGACUUUUACCACAAAGUGCAGCGGCAUAUCGACCAGUAUGAGCAAGAUCGGAUAGAACUACUACGCAAGUCCCGACACCAAGAAAAGACCCGCAAAGAAGAGCAGCUGGCAAAUGUCAAGCACUGGAUGUCGAGCCCGGGUGUACCGCAGUCGGAAUACCACAGCCAGUUCAGAAGCGUAAGGCACGACUUCCAGGAUACGGGCAUAUGGAUUCUAGAUGAACCCAAGCUAUUGAAUUGGAUGAUGGCGCGAGACGAGCCGCCCGUGUACUCGAUGCUUUGGCUGAACGGAAGGAAAGGAGCCGGGAAAACCACGCUCGCGGCUCUCAUAGUUGAUAAGUGUGAUCAGAUGCUCGAUUUCUCAACCAGCUACUUUUACUGCCGCGAAGGCGACACGGGCGACAACACGUGCUUGGCAGUGCUCAAAGGGAUAUUGCGCCAGUUUGUGCAGCACAACCAGGACCUUUUGCCAUCGUGCGAACAGAGACGGACUCGCGGAGAGGAGAUACUGAACGACCCGGCCACAGUCAGAUCUCUGCUGGACCUUUUCUGCGACCACGACUCCAACCACUUCGUUAUCAUCGACGGCCUAGAUGAGUGCGACAUCAGCGAGGCCAAGGCAAUUGCCGACUUCUGGACCACGGCUGUUGACAGAUGCGACAGAUACAAGCCUGGAAAGCUUCGCGUGCUGUUUGUCAGCGUGCACACGCCCGACAUCCGAAAGAUGAUGCAGUCGGCCGACAUCCUUGAUCUUCCGCCCGGGAAGUCAGGAAAGGAUAUCUGGAGAUAUGUCGCCAAGCAAUUUGGGAGGAUUCAAGACAAAUUCGAGCUGACGGAAGAUGAGUCGCUCAGUGCUCAGGAGCUUGUUUGUCAACGAGCGGACGGCAUGUUCCUCUUUGCCGUGCUCACGGUGCAGAAUCUGCUCGAGCAGCCAAACCUGAGGACAUUGAAGGCUGAGUUGAAGGAGACAAGUCUUCCUGCCACUUUAGAGGAAGCAUACCGGAAAGUCAUCGAACGCUUACGACAGAACCUCCACCCGAACCAGUGGGCCGAGGCGAGGAAGAUCUUCGGAUGGCUUGCUGGUGCCAAGAGGCCCCUCAAAUGGCACGAACUGCAAGCAGCGCUCUCGAUCGAGGUUGAUGAUGUGGGCCGCGGCGCCUUGGACUACCGCCACAACCGACUGCGGUUGGAAAUCCGCGAGAUAUGCGGUUCUCUGGUGCAGGUCCUCCAGAACCGCAUCGAGUUUAUCCACAGCACCACGAGAUCGUACAUUUUGAUGAGCGAACAUCUCGAUGAGAAGGCAAUUGAGUGUGACUUGACCAUCCUCUGCCUGUCCUAUCUCACAUUUGACUGUUUCAAACAGGGUCUCGAUGCCGAGAACAGGAAGAAGUUUGCCAGUGACGGCUACUACAGCUUCCAGGACUACGCCAUCUCAAAAUUGAACUACCACGUUGAGAAGCUAAUUCGGACCACGCCCAGCUUGUUCGGGCAGGUAGGUAAUUCGAGAGGCAGAGGAUACGAUGGAAAGCUUGCCGCUGUCCUGACAAGGUUUCUUGAGUUCUAUCGAGAGAGCUUUGUCGCUGCUGCCGCGGCAAGGCCACCGAGCUUGUCCCAGUUGGCAUCCCUUAGAGCCCGAUCGCCGCCACAAUCCGGCUCUUCUACACAACGGUCCGCAUCACCGUCGCGGUCACCGACACCGCUGUCGCAGCAACAUCAGCAAGGCGUUAACCCAGUAGAGUUCUGCCAACAGUUCCAACACACAAGCUUCCACUCGCAGCUGCAGGAGCUCUGGGCACACGUGUACAGCCACCAGUCGGGCGAUCUGACUGAGCGCAACAAGAUUAGCUUGCCAGAUCUAGAGAAGGCCAUGGAUAAGGCGCGUUCGAAGAUAGUCGAACUGGCGGCCAAUUCGAGCCGCGAAAAACUGGCCGAGUACUACGGCGACCGCCUACACAAAUGCAGCCGCCUAACGUGCUCCUACUUCUACGAGGGGUUUGAGACGGAAGCGAGGCUCGACAAGCACCUCAAGCGGCACGACCGGCCGUUCCAGUGUCCUGUCAACGGCUGCAUGGUGGCGACGCUGGGCUUCUCGGCGAACAAGGACCUCGAGAAGCACCUGCGGCAGGCGCACCCGAACGAGUCGGGGCAGCCGAGCCAGUUCGUGGGCGACAGCAAGCCGACGUUGGCCGAGCCCAAGUGGGUGUGCGAGAUCUGCAACAAGAGGUUUGUGCGGCAGGCCAUCAAGAAGGCCCACGUCAACAGCCACUACGGCACCAGACCACACGCGUGCGAGACGUGCGGCAAGAAGUUCACGCGCGCCAAUGACCGCAAUCGCCACCGCAAGCUACACAUGCGUGCACCCAACGGGAGGGAGAGGUAGCGCACGGUGUUGUUUAAAGUCGGGGGUCUAUGGAAGUUCAAGAUUUGGCAACUGUGAAGGGUGGCCCUGUCUCUUUGCCCCAGCCUUCGUACUGGAUGUGGUAUGGUGGCGCUUGAGGGUGGAAAUGGGCGUGUAGUCACCUUUCGGGGACGUGGUUGGGUGCAAAAACGCGGAUGGGUUGUAUGUGGCUUGAAGUAGUUCAGAAUUAUUCUUGAAGUAUUGCAGACAGCCUGGUUCUAGACUAGUGCGGGACGGGCAAGCAGAACAACUUGGCACUCG